AAGAGGAAAAGUGAACUAAGGAAUAAAAAUAUGCCAGGCAGGAACAGGUCGUUGCAUCGUGGACAAGGCACACAGAAACCAAUGCCAGGCGUGCAGGCUAAAGAAAUGCCUCGCCAUGGGGAUGAACAAAGAUGCCGUUCAAAAUGAGCGACAGCCCAGGAACACGGCCACAAUCAGACCGGAAACUCUUCGAGACAUGAGCGCCGAACAAGAACGUGCUCUAAGGGAAGCUGCGGUCGCUGUUGGGGUGUUUGGGCCACCCGUGUCUUUGUCUAUGGCCUUGUCUCCGGCACGAUACAGCCACGGAUUGAUGCCGCCAGUCACCCAUCCUGGAAUGCCUAAUAGGGAGCCUUCUCCUUCCAAAGAUGGAAAUGCCAGUGACAAUGAUGAGGAAAGUAUAGAUGUGACUAAUGAAGAGGAAGACACUCCGACCUCCGGGUGUGGUGUUUCAUCUAGCAGCGGUCCCGUAAGGCCUGAACCUCAACCAGCAACCUUAGCAGGUGGUUUGUACCCGACUUCUCACGAAACCAUCUACGAAACCUCCGCUAGACUUCUAUUCAUGGCUGUAAAGUGGGCCAAGAACUUGCCAAGCUUUGCCAGCCUACCAUUUAGAGAUCAGGUAAUCUUACUUGAAGAAGCUUGGAGCGAUCUAUUUCUCUUGAACGCAAUCCAAUGGUGCAUGCCCCUGGACGUUUCGGCCAGUCCGCUUUUCAACAUCAAUGAACACGCCAAAAACGGCCACUCAGCCACUGACGUUAGGAUUCUGGCUGACACUUUACUUCGCUUCAAGUCUGUACACGUCGACCCCGCAGAAUUUGCAUGUCUUAAAGCCAUUGUCCUUUUUAGAGCAGAGACCAGAGGUUUGAAGGACCCCAGCCAAAUCGAGAAUUUACAAGAUCAGGCGCAGGUAAUGCUGUGGCAACAUUGUCGUACUCAAUUGCCCGGUCAGGUUGCAAGAUUUGGGAGGUUGCUCCUUAUGCUGCCUUUGUUGAGGAUAGUACCGGCUUCCAGGAUUGAAGCGGUGUUCUUUCAAAAGACAAUAGGCAACACUCCAAUGGAAAAGGUGCUUUGCGAUAUGUACAAAAAUUAAUAUAUGUAAUGAUGUGUAUAAUUUGUAAAUAAGACUGACACUGUUGAAUAGUUACAAGCACUAAAUACAUGUUUUGUGUUGAGGGUAUCAGUAUAACGCAUGGUUUAAAAAUCUCAUCGAGUACUGGUGAAUUCUAGUCAAUGUCGAUUGAUAUUAAUAUAUGGAUUGUAAUAUCACUAACAUAAAUUAUUUAUCUUUAGAUUUAUGUUACUGAUGUUUGGCAAUGUAUAACCUAUAAAUGGAUUAUUAUAAAUGUAAAUUUAAUUACAACGAACGAAUU